ACAGACACACGACGGCACAAUCACUUUAAAGGGCUAAAAGUGAUCAACUUCAGAUUCACCAAUAAGGUCUUACAAAAUGAGCUGGACGAGGCGGUCCUCAACCUUCACAUCCAGGAGUUGGAGUCGAGAAACACCACCAUAGAUCCUGAUGAGCCGUUCACUAUCAACCUGCAAGUCAGUAGAGUGACGAGGAACAACCAGGGCAGCAAAGCUUCGGUUCCUUACACUGAUAAUUCUGUGAAGAUGGUCAGAAGUGAGCUGAGGGCUGGGAAAUGGUUGAAGGUUAAUAUAACCACGAUGGUUGCGGAGUUUUGUCGACUGCCGCGGGAGAAUUUAGCAAUAGUAGUGAGAGUACAAGACUCAAAGAAUAGAAUGAGUUUGGUUGUGCCACAUCCAAGCUCUGAAUCAAAUAAUGCUUUGAUGCCAUACAUAGAAGUAAGUCUAAAGGACAAUUCACACAAACGCACGCGCCGUACUAUUGGCAUGGACUGCACCGAAAACUCUAAAGAAGCGCGCUGCUGUCGGUACCCCCUCGUGGUGAACUUCGAAGAAUUCGGCUGGGACUGGAUCAUCGCGCCCAAAGUCUAUGACGCCAACUAUUGCAGUGGGGAGUGCCCUUACAGCUUCCUACAAAAGUAUCCACACACUCAUUUAGUCCAUCUCGCAGCUCCGCAAGGCAGUGGGGGGCCUUGCUGCGCCCCUCGAAGGAUGAGCAGCAUCACAAUGCUCUACUUCGACCAUGAUUAUAACAUUAUAUACGGGACCAUCCCUGGCAUGGUUGUCGAAAGCUGUGGAUGUUCAUAGCAAUGUCUUAGAAUAGUUUGGACUCCAAGUUUUUGCUAAAAGAGUAGGUAAACGAGACUUCUUUCUUUUAAAACCGCUUUUAAAGUUGAUUACAAUUAUCUAAUUCUGUUAUCGUAAAGCUAAAUUGAAAUGAUUUCAUUCAUUUAAAUGUUUCAUUCAUGAAUUUGCGUCAAUGUCGAAAAUCAACCCUAGAAUGCCGCAUGACUUUUUUACAAGCAGAUUUUUAUCGUAUUUUUUUUCAUUUAUAAAAAUAUAUUAUGUCUGUGCAAUUAAUGCUUGGAGUCUUAUGUGUGGAGUUUAUAGCUAUGUGAUAUUCGGUUGAAGACUGCAAACCUUAUAGUGUUGUGUGCCGUGAGUGUGAAAAAUGUACAUUUUUUUAUUUUACUUUUGUACCUACCUACCUAGUUUAAAUUACUCAACUUGUAAGGUCUGGUUUGUGCGAGGCUAGUUUUUAUCGCUAGUUAUUAUAAGCACCUACAUUUAUGUCUUUUUAGAUUGGAGUAGUAAGUUAUACUACAGAACUUUCCUAUUUUUGCUUCACCAUAUUGCUUUAUUUUUAUUUUUAUAUUACUAAUGUUCUAUGAAAUCUAAGAAAGUGUUUUUCUAUACCUAACUAGCCUCGUUAGAACCUACACCUCAUUUUAUUUUAACGUCACUUGUAAGUAGGUAUCCCUCAUUUCGAAAAAAAAAUGUGAAUCAUCAAAAAUUAAUGGUAUUUUAGACCCGUCAAAAACUGUCAGUGUUAGAUAAUAAUAGCUGUAUAGCUAUCAACAUGACUUGUAUUUAAUAAUAUAAUUGACUUCUAAAACCGGCGAUUAUCAGUUAUAAUUAAUUAUUUAAAAAUCAAUAAUCGUACUUUUUUCUCCAUCUCUGUGACCCGGUGACUUUUUUAUUGUUCACAGAUAAUAGAGCAAAAGUUCAGGCGAUAAUGAAUUUAUCGUUUUAUUUUUUAUUUGUAGCAUGAGUUAUCAAAGUAAUGCUUUAACUUGCGUCUUAAUAUGGCAUUUAUUUUUUUCUAUUCUAAGACUUAUUUCGGACUUGAUAAUGUUCCAUAAUCGCAAUUUAUUUUAUCAUUCCACGGGCAGCUGGUUAAGAUUUUUAAUGAUAAAUGCAUUCAAUUUUUUAAAACGUCAUUGCUUAGGUACCUACAUAUUUUCUGAUGAUGAUACUUCUUGAUAUUGAUGAAAUAAAAAUGUGUGUUAAUGUGUGACCCAAUUAGAUGACCGAUUUUUUUAUGAUUUUAUAUUUUUUAUCAGUUUUUUUAACUUGUUGUCCGUGGAUUGCGUUUCUCGUUUUGUCCUCUCACCUAUUUUUCAUCUAGCAUAGUCGUAAUCCAUUUUACCAUCAAAAUUUAAUUAUAAGUAGGUAGCUCUAUGUAAUUCGAUGUAUAUUAUAAGUACUUUUGGAAUUUCUCUUUUGAUAUUGUUUGGAUCUCGUUCAAAAUUAUAUUUUUAUAAUAAAAAAUACAUAGUUUCUUUUUAAGGUGGUGCGGGUGGUGCUUAAAAUGAUCGUUGCUUUAUUUAUAUUAAAAAAAAAACGAAAUAAAUAUAAAUGUUCCAGUACCUACCCUCGUAAUAUAUCGUAUUAUUUUGGCGUGAUCAAAUUUUUUAGAUAUGUUUUUUGUCGUAUAUAAGUUUUUUUUAGAAAAAUUUUAAACGGGCGUAGAAUUUUCAAAAAUUAGAUCUCAUUUUAAGGCAACGUGUUCUAUUGAGUGCCUUUUUAAAGAUCUCCCAAAACGUUUGGAUAACGAAAUGAAGGAAAUAUAAAAAAUAAAGGAAAAAUGUUUUUUGAUAAACAUUGUAGGGUUAAGAAUUAUGUGUUAGAAUCUAUUCGACGUAACAUGUUUAUUGUCAAAACACUAACAUUUUCAUGUUGAUAAGUUUUUUUUAUAAAAUAAAUUUUCAAUUCUU